CAACAUUUUCAGAGUUGCGCCAUGAAGAAGCCAAAAUAAUUAACCAGGAAUCAGAGUCAAAGGCCAACAGUAGCACAAGUGAGAAAAGACACACACAACAACAGACAGAGAGAGAGAGAGAGAGAGAGAGAGAGAGAGAGAGAGAGAGAACGAACCCGUUUUCGGGCUGCAACCAUCAAAAGGCCAUAAAAGACUGAGCGAACGGAAGUCGGCAAUUGGCUGGCAGUCAUGACGACGACGUCGCUGCAACAGAAGCGUCCCAGCAUCAGCAACUGGUUCAGCUCGCUGCGCCGCCAGCCCAAGAGCAAGAAGAGCGGCUCGCUGGGCGGCCGCAGCGUCGGCAGCUUUGGCAGCAAGCAGCAGCUGCAGCGCAGCUGCUUUGAUCUGAGCAUCAAUGCCGUCGGUGGCGCCACGCCCACGGGGGAUGGCAGCGAGCUGCCUGGCAGCCGCAGCAGCAGCAGCAGCACCUUUUACAUCACAGCGCCCCCCAGCAAGGCCGAGGAGGAUCGCCGCCGACUGUUGGGCAAUACCAGCAGCAGCAGCUCCAGCGGCAACAGCAGCAGCACCACCAUCAGCAGCGGCGUCUGUGCGCGCUGCUUUUGCAACCUGGGCAGCCUGGUGGGCAAGAAGGAGCAGCCGAAGAAGCUGCAUGUGGACGUUAAGCCGCCUCCGCCCUCGCCGGCGGCCAUCUCCACGCCACGCUCGCCCCGCUCGCCCUCGCUGUCGCCGUUCACCAGCGUGGCCACCUAUAAGGUGACCUCGCUGCGAGCCGAGAGUCCGCCGCCCGCGAGUCCCACGCUGAGCACGGAGACCGUUAGCUGCAGCGAUGUCAGCCGCAAGGUGGAGCUGCUGCGUCUGCCCAGCGAGGAGCCGAACACGCAGCUCUUCAACCGGCGCUCCGAGCUGACCCACACAACCACCACAACCACCACACGCACUCUCAUCAUAUCGCGGCCCGUCGAGCUGCUGCUCAAUGAGCGGGGCGAGAUCAUCUCGAGGCGCCCGCCCCAGGCGCCGCGCAAGACGCGCUCAAACUCGCUCGGCUGCAUGCUGGACGUUGCCGAGGACGGCAUCGAUAACGAGGCACUGCAGCUGGACUCUGAGUCGGAGAUGGUCAACUCGGGCCUGAGCUCACCGCUGACGCCAGAGGCGGGCGAUUUGCGGUUCAUUGACGACAGUUCCAAUUCGCAAAGCGAAUCCGAACGCAACUCAGUCAGCCAGAACCACAACAGCAGCAAUAGCAAUAGCAACAGCAACAGCAUUGCCGACAACAACAACAGCAGCAAACAGCUGAACAACAAUCACAGCAGCAGCAGCAACAACAACAACAAUAACAACCAACAGGCGAAUCUCUGCGAGAGUUGUCGAACGCUCAUGGAGCGCAAUCGCAACAAUGCGGAGCAGAGCAAUGUCGCCAUCCUGAGGCGACCGCAGCAAAUCAAAGAUGAGCUGUGCGAAGUCGUAUCGGAAAUGGAAGCGCUCGAUGUGCCCGAGGACAAGCAUUCCAACAAAGAUAAACAAAUGUCGAUUGGGCGCAAAAAGUUCAAUAUGGAUCCCAAGAAAGGCAUUGAAUAUCUCGUGGAGAAUCGACUGUUGCGCCACGAUCCCCAGGAUGUGGCGCACUUCCUGUACAAGGGCGAGGGCCUGAACAAAACGGCAAUAGGCGAUUACCUCGGCGAGAAAAACGAUUUCAACGAGGAUGUGCUGAAGGCAUUUGUAGCCCUCCACGACUUCACCAAUCUGAUACUGGUGCAAGCUCUAAGGCAAUUUCUGUGGUCGUUUCGGCUGCCCGGCGAGGCCCAGAAGAUCGAUCGAAUGAUGGAGACAUUCGCCCAGCGCUACUGCCAGCUCAAUCCGGACAUAUUCACCAACACGGAUACCUGCUACGUGCUCAGCUUCGCCAUUAUAAUGCUCAACACAUCACUGCACAAUCCAUCGGUCAAAGACAAACCCACCGUGGAGCAAUUCAUCUCGAUGAAUCGUGGCAUCAACAACGGCGGUGAUUUGCCCCGUGGCCUGCUAGAGUCGCUGUACGAGUCGAUACGCACAGAGCCCUUCAAGAUACCCCAAGACGAUGGCAACGAUCUGAUGCACACCUUCUUCAAUCCCGACAAGGAGGGCUGGCUCUGGAAGCAGGGCGGCAGCAAAUCCCUGCACAGAUACAAAUCGUGGAAGCGACGAUGGUUCAUACUGAACGACAACUGCCUGUAUUACUUCGAGUAUACCACAGAUAAGGAGCCGCGCGGCAUAAUACCGCUCGAGAAUAUAUCGGUGCGCGAGAUACAGGAUCGCAGCAAGCCGCAUUGCUUUGAGCUGUUUGCCACCGGCGGCGCCGAUAUCAUCAAGGCAUGCAAGACUGAUUCCGAGGGCAAGGUGGUAGAGGGCAAGCACACGGUCUACCGCAUGUCGGCCUCAACGGAGGAGGAUCAACAGGAAUGGAUCAAGCGCCUGACACAGUCCAUCAGCCACAAUCCGUUCUACGAUAUUCUGGUACAAAGGAAAAAGAAGGCGCUCAGCAAGAGUUAGUAUUAGAUCGGCGCUGGAUGGGCGUGACCCCGAUGGGCGUUACUCUUGUAUUGGAUCUCAGUGGAAUAUUGCUGCGUGCGCUUGCGUUUGCGUCUGUAUGUGUGCGUGUGUGUGCGUGUAUGCGUCUGUGGGUGU